GCCCUUGGAGCGAACGCCUGCUCAGAGCUUUGCUCAGAGCUUUGCGGGGCUUUACCAGAGCCCUGGAGCUAGCAGGAUCCAGGCGUGAGACCCACCCUGCCUUCCCGGUAAGCGUCUCAUUGUGGCAUUAAAGCUCCCACCCUGGGCUAUGGGGGGGAUGGUCGAUGACCCGGCUUUGGGGAGCUGCUCUUGCUGGGAUGAUAAGCAGCAGCACCCAUCUCUGCUGUGGGGUUGCUUGGGUGCCUGGAGGGAUUCACUGGCUGAUGAACAGGCGAUGGGGUGUGCUGAAGGGUCAGGUGCGUGCUCUCCAGCAGGGCUGCACUGCUGGGGUCUCCUUCCUGCAGUUUGCCAUGUGUUGCUCUCUGUGUUCAGCCAGCUCUGUGGCAGGGCUGGAAACGCACUUGGCAUCCAGAGCAGGGAGGUGGGGACUGUGGUCGUGGGGAGCCGCUGCCAGGAGGAGGAAUUUAUAGGCAGCAGUGACCGUGCAUGCUGUCACCGAGGUGCUGCUGAUGGCAGGUGAGCGACCUGACGCCAGGCAUGUCACAGGGGCGUGAUUGCCACGCUGAGGACAGAGCGUGCUUUGCCUGUCAAAUUAAACACGUAAAUGGAGGGUGUGAGAAGAGCCCUCCUUUCCGGCUUGGUUUACGCACGUGCCCGGGUGGCUGUACCUGCCAGAGGCCCCUGGGAGCUGCUUGGGGCUCCUUGAACCGCCCUGAUAAGGGACUGCAGCCAACUGCUGCACGUGGCUCAAAACAUACCGCAGGGCUGGAUGCCCCCCUGCCUCCGUGUGGCACCUGGCAGCCAAGAUAACGGCCCCGUGUGCUGGCAGUGGGGACAUCCAACCUCUCUCCUGCUCAGGGGGGAGGCCGCAGGCCCAGGGAGAGCAGCUUUCCCUUUGCCCAGCGGGUGGAGGGGGCAGGGUAAAGCGAGCUCCCGGCCGACACGGUGCCCGGAGCUGGGAUGCUUCCCUGGGAGGUGCUGAGGGGUAACCACUGUGCACCGUGCACGGCCCUCAGAGGGGCUGCAGAAGUACUUUCUGCCUUGUGAUGCAAGGGGGAACGGGAGGGGGAGAAUGUGACGCUGGUUUCUAAGAAGGGCUGGUAAGAACUUCGGGGAAAAACAGGCUGGUAAUGUUUGUGCUGCCCGCCCACAGCAGCCCCUGGGCACACAGCUUUGCAAAAUGCGUUCAGGUCUUUUGGCCCAGGUUUUAGGGGAGGGAAGGUCUUCGCAUGGCUUGAACGUUGGUGAAAAACAGGAAGCAGGGCGUAGGAGUAAGUGGUCAGUUUCUGUGGUGGAAGGAGAUGGCUGCGUUCAGUCCCAUGCUUUUUCAGCAGUCAUGAGUGACCUGGAAAAGGGAAUGAGCAAUGAGCUGACAGGGCUUGCCUGAUGCUAUCGAAUUACUCAGGUUCGUGGGGACAAAUGCCAGCUUCAGAAAGCACAGGGGAGCGUUACAACAGCCGGGCAGCAGGGAGAUGAGAUUCAGUUUAGACAAAUCUCGAAUGAUAUGCAAGGGGAAAGAAUCAUCCCAAACCUGCAGACAAGAUUACGCCCUGGGCUGGCCAUUCGCAGCAAGACCUGGGAUUAUUUCGGAUAGCUCUGUGGGCAGCCAGGGUCAUAAAAACACAUCGGCUCCCUGAAAAAUUGCCUCUGUCACUCCCUGUGAGUGACAAAGCAGAAAGAAAGCAGGAGAGCUUUGUGCCAUCGGCCCAGUCCACCGCUCCUAUUGUGGCCCCACCAUCUCUGAAAGGGUCUGGGAGAGCGGGAAAAGAUUUGGAGAGAAGCAGCAAGGAAGAUCAAAGGCACAGAGCUGUUUCCCUAUGACUAACUGAGAUAGAAUUUCUCUGGAAAACAUGAUGUUUUCAUGAACAGGGUGGCUGGGAUCUGCGCCUGGAGAGUCAUGGCUGGCAUGGAAAAGGGGUCCGAUGUGUGUCCAAUCUGAAUGAACCCGGCAGAACUGCUCGUAGCAGUGCUGUGCCACGGGAGAUUUUUUGGCCGUAGGGUGCUGCAGGGCUCCCAAGUUGCAAAGGAAGUAGAAAAGCUCAUGAAGUGAAACCUUCUGUGGGUUAUAAAACAUAGAACAUGCUGAGGAGCGGAACUGCUCGGAGAUGGGAGAGCAGUCAGGGAGUUGUUAUCUGUGCCUGUGCCACUCAUACUUAGUCAGCACUGACUUUAGCCCUCUGUUGGGCUCUGGUCUGCCCCAGGGCAUGCCCCCCCCCCCCUUUGAGUUGGUCCUCGUGCCUCAGCGAGACAUGCAGCCAUGCAGCUCUGCCUCUUGGGAAAGGCAGCAGGCGUGCUCACAGCUGGAGGUGGAGGCUCGUGGGAUGGUGACUGCAAAUGAAGAGACCAGACUGGCACGGCCAGAGCAAGGCAGGGGAGCCUGGGUGUUACCGUAAAUUGGUCGAUGAGGAAACUCUCUAAGACUCAAGUUGAUGUGUUAGAAAGCAGGCAUUCAUUAUGGAUGUACGAAGGGAUCUGGCUGGAGGUGGAAUCUCGAAGCUGAGUCCCAGCCACCAGGGUUUCGUGUGACUUGCACGUGUGUGUCAGGCUUGCUCACUGCCUGCAGGUAAACCCCGCUGGACCCGGAACGGGCUGCAAGCCUGGGGAGGCGUCUGGCCCUGCCCCAUGUUGGUGGCACCAGUAGGAAGUGCCGACUGCAUCCCUACAACGUGGUCUGGCACAAGCAGCAGCAAGAGGGUGCUGAGGUGCUUGCAGCUUGCCUGCCUGUAGCCCCUUUGCAAGGGAUGGCAAAGGUGGCAGGAAGGGCUUUGCUUUAAUGAGCUGGAGGAGACACAUUGCAUCCCUACCACCACCAUGGAACUGCUCUGCUGUGGAAAACCAGACAUGCCCUCUGCUUUCCAUCAGCCAGGCAGCAGGGCAGGAGAAGGGCGAUGCUGAGAAGGGAAAUCUCCAGAGCUGGGUGUCAAACCACUGCCUGCAGGCGUGGCUGUCCUGCAGUGCCAGUUUUUCUGCAGAGGUUGGGCGUUUUGCGCCAUGGCUGUCUCUGCUGUGAGUUCUCAGGCAUUGGCCCAAUAGUAGGUGUCACCCAGCAUGUGCAUUAGCUUUUGUGCUGAGUAAACAGGCAAUUACAAUUGGGCUCUCUCCCAUUCUUUGAAUGUGGGCAAAGGGGACAGCUGCUGUUUGCUUAGCAGUUCCUACUCUUUAUGUUGCUCCUUCCGCUCACACAUCACUUCCAAGAUGGGAUGAACUGCUCUUUGCCCAGGAACAAAGGGAUGUCCACGUGCAGAGGCCCUGAACUGCUCCUCCUUUCCCAUGCCCUCGGGGCAGGGCAGAUGGCUGAGGUCCGUGGAGGUGCUGGGGAUGCACUGAGAACCAUCGCUGGUCUGUUAUCAUAGGGUUGCUCUGGAUUUGUGGUUGUUGAGGUGCUCUCUCUCACCUGGUUGGAGCACCGUUGCCACCUGUCGCUUGUGUUGCUUUGUUUGACCUUUUAUGUUUACUGUAGUGUUGUUUGUAAGAGCUGGCAGCUAGACGUGUUUCCUGCCGUAAUGAGCGCUGACCCGCGUGCCCCUUGGCAGGGAUUGUCUCUUUGUGGAAAAAAAAAAAUUAGAAGGCAUUUAGCAAAGUGAGACAGAAAACAAACAAAGCUGGCAGGAGGCUGCGGCCGGGCAUUGCCGCCAAGGGGGCUGGGCUGCUGCUGCAGGACGGAAGCAGGAGGCAGUGGGGAAGGCAGCACCACGGAAGCACUCCUUAAGCCCCAGUGCUGUCCCAUUAGCCCCUGCCUGCUGCUCCAGCACUGUCACAUCCUGCGUGCUGCCGGCUGCCUGCCAGCUGUGGUACCUGACCCCUCUCCUCCAUCUCCUCCUCUGCGGAUGCUGCCAGGGGCACGUGGCUCUGGCCCCCGUGACCUGAGCGCUCCUGAGCAUGGUGGGGCCGCGGAAGAGGGAGGGAGGCACUGCUUUCAAAUUCACUGGGCAUAGGGUGGGAUUGGUGAUUAGGGCUUGCCCUGGCACCGGCCUCCGCACAUGUCUGUGGCAGAGCUCCCUUCUCUGCUCCUCAGGACGUCACUGUGACCCCAGGGAAACCAGAGGGUGGUCUGGGAGUAGAGCCAGGGCCUUGUGCGGGUGAGGGGCAGCCUGCUGAGGGCUGCAGGGUACGCUGGGGCUCUCCACCUGUUUCUCAGGGACAACAAGUGGCCCUGGCAGUAUUUCUUCCUAUGGGGAUGACAGUCACGCUCACAGCACCCCUGCUAAUCCAGUGCCAGGGAGCGGGCUGCCUCCUGCCUGCAGGGAUGCUGGCAGGCUGCCAGGAGGGGAUUUUCAGGAGGGGAUUUUCCUGCAUUUUCUCUGGAAGCAUCGGUAGCUCACGAGGGCAAAUGGGAGCUGCCUUACCCUACACGGGAAGCUGGGUGCUGCAUCAGGCUGCCGGGACUGCGGGCAGGCUCUGCUGCCACGCACAACCUGCAGGACUGCACCACCCCUCACCACCUUCCUCAGCGAGGCAGUUGUUGUGAAGGAUGUGAGCCGUUCCUGGAAGCACACGGGCUCCUCCGUUGCCUUUAAUGUGGGCUGAGCCUUGCUUGAACUACAGAUCCCAGCAUGCUGCUUUGUGCCGGCCCCCGCGGCCGCCCUACCUGGCAGGAAGGCUGCUGCUGGCAGGCAGGGAUGCUGCAGCCCACGGCCGUGCAGGAGAGGAGGGAGGCUGAGCAGGCGGCUGGGGGGGGGCACCGCCAGCGGGGCGCGGGGGGUUGAGCACGUGGAGCCCUGCUGCAAUUGCUGGAAGAAGUGGAUGAAUGCCCCACGCUGCGCCGUGCUGAAGGGAAAACGACAAGGCAGGCCUGUGGCUUCUGCAGGGGGGCUGAUUCUGCUAUGCCUGAGGGACAGAGAGCCACUACGAGUCUUGCUGGGACCCGUGCUGACCCUCACCACGCAAGAUGACAACAAGAGAUGGACCACAGGAUAGGUACAAGGCUGUCUGGUUGAUCUUCUUCAUCCUUGGCCUGGGAACGCUGCUGCCAUGGAAUUUCUUCAUGACUGCAAGGCAGUAUUUCAUCAACCGCCUGGCAGAUCCACAGAACAUAAGCCACCUCUCGAACCAGACCAGUGUGGGCACUGCCUCAGACCUUUCGUACCUGCAGUCCAUGUUUGACAACUUCAUGACUCUCUGCUCCAUGGUGCCCCUCCUCAUCUUCACCUGCCUCAACUCCUUCAUCCAUCAGCGGAUUCCCCAGCAGAUCCGCAUCUCGGGCAGCCUGGUGGCCAUUGGGCUGGUGUUCUUAAUCACUGCAAUUAUGGUGAAGGUCACCAUGGAUCCUCUUCCCUUUUUUGUCUUCACCAUGGUCAGCAUUGUCUUCAUCAACUCCUUCGGCGCCAUGCUGCAGGGCAGCCUCUUUGGCCUGGCAGGGCUCCUGCCUGCCAGCUACACAGCUCCCAUCAUGAGUGGGCAGGGCUUGGCAGGCAUCUUCGCUGCUUUGGCAAUGAUAAUCAGUAUCAGCAUUGGUGCUCAGCAACCAGAAAGCUACAUUGGUUACUUCACCACGGCUUGUGUGGCAAUUUUGCUGGCCAUCUUCUCCUACGUUCUUCUACCUCGCAUGGAUUUCUUCCGGUACUACUCCAUGAAGGACAAGACAGAGUACCAUGUGUGCAAUGCAGAGCUGGAGACCAAGAGAGACUUGAUUAAGAAAGAUGAGCCCAAUGGGAUGGAGCAGAAUAACUCAAAGAUCAUCCCUGUCCACAACCCGGAUGAGAAGCCCUCGGUCAUCUCCAUUUUUAAGAAGCUUUGGGUCAUGGCUGUGUCUGUCUGCUUAGUCUUCACCGUCACCAUUGGGGUCUUUCCUUCCAUCACAGCUAAGGUGUCCACUACCCUUGGAAAGGAAAGCAAAUGGGAUCUCUACUUCGUCUCAGUCUCCUGCUUCCUGAUAUUUAAUGUCUUUGACUGGAUGGGACGGAGUCUUACUGCCCUCUUCACAUGGCCCGGGAAGGACAGCUGCCUCUUGCCAGUGAUGGUGGUCUUACGUGUCAUCUUCAUCCCCCUUUUCAUGCUGUGCAAUGUGCAACCCCGAAACCACCUGCCCGUCAUAUUCUCUCACGAUGCCUGGUACAUCAUCUUCAUGAUCUUCUUCUCCAUCUCCAACGGCUACCUGGCCAGUCUUUGCAUGUGCUUCGGGCCCAAGAAAGUACUUGCCCAUGAAGCAGAGACAGCUGGAGCAGUCAUGGCCUUUUUCCUGACGCUGGGCUUGGCCCUAGGAGCUGCCAUCUCCUUCCUGUUCCAAAUUCUCAUCUAGCAGAGGCACCCAGAGGGUGCAGGGACACCGAGAUGGCUCCGCAUCCACCUCCGAGGCCCUGGACACCUCCGUGCUGCGGGGUGAUAACACCUCACUCCUGCCUCUGCCAAAUCGCACCGCCACAGCAGAUGUUCCAUCCAGGGACAGUUCCACUCUUCCAGGGUUGGCGUGGCUCUUGCCAUGCCCGGCUGUGUGAUGCCUUUAGGCCUACGUGCCUUUGCCUUCCCCAUGCUGUGCGUAAGACUCCCAGGACCUCACUGAGGUCCAUCUGCCUCUCGUGAUGCAUAAGUUCCCCAGCUCAAGGCCAAAAGCCAUUGCGAGCCUCCUUCUCUCCGCCAGGCAGAGCUGAAGGCUGGUAUCCAGUAUUACUCCUCCUCCUGCCCUUAUCGCAGGCAAGUUGCUCUCCUCUUCUCCCAGGGUGCUUGGAAAUCCCCCGCACUGCAGCUUCUCUCCUACUGGAGAGGCUCGCAGGUAGUCUCUCUACCUGCGAGUAGAGAGGUAGGCCUUGCCAGCCCCGUGCUGCCAGUGAGCGCACCCCAGGCCGCAGGGUUUGAGGGGCGUAAGACACGCACACCGAGCCAGCACCGUGGCUCAGCAGAUAAAGAGAUCUGCACCCUUUGCUUCUUCCCCGCCACCCCCAUGUAACCGGUUGCCCAUUCUGCCUUUGUUUGCUCUCCGCCCCCCCGCGGGCCGCAGGAGGAAGGCGGCAGCGCUCGGCUGAGGCAGGCCCGGCCUGCCCCCGGCUGCCCCCCGCUUUCUGUAAAUGUAUCUGUACAGUUGCCUUUUUCUAUAAAAAGACAAACGUG